UUUCCUUGAUCCAGGGCGAAGAUCUGUCUUCACAGCGGCCAUCGGACUAGACCGUAACAAACAUCAAGUACGCAGCUGCUCUACCAAGGAAUAGUAUCAUAUGACCGGAAGUACCAGAUACGCUGCAAAGCUGGAAAAGAAGAAAGCAGGCACACUUAAAAUGAUCGAAAGUGGCAUAUCAACCGCCAAAAAUUCUAUUAUCGAACAACAUGAUCGUCAUGUACAAUAUAUGUUGCAGCACUUCGAAGCCUUGUCUUCUUUUUACGACGAGAGAACUGCUAAAGACAGAUUUCGUUUAUACCAGGGUCAAGAGCGUACUGCCAACAACAUGGUCAAUUUGCUUAUUAAUGGAACCACAAAGUACAAUAAGCAAUUGAGGUUGAAGAAGAAGAAAGAUCAAAGCAAGUGACCAAAGAAGAAUACCGACAGAAUGGCCUUUUGUAAACGUUAAAAGAAGAAGAAGAAGAAGCAAAAGGUUCCAGAAGAGAGGGAAGAAGCAGAUGCGAGAGAAGUAAGCAAUGUUCUCGCUAAGAAAGAUAGGUAAGGUUUUUAAA